CCCGAAAACAUAUCUUUAAAAAAAAAAAAAAAGAACAGACUAAAUACAAGACAUCACCUGACAAAGUUGUUAUGGCAAACAUUUUAGCAAACGGUUACCUAUUUACAUCAACUACUGAGUAAUAUUAGCAUUCAUUUGGAAUUAUGAGAGUGAGCAACAUGCUCCAACUGAUGUAUGGAUGUCCAGUUAUCACUUAAGUGUUAGUUAGUUAUCCAUUUAGCUCUAUUACUGAUCUCCACUCAAGGAAAAUGGCUGGCUCUUUAGGAGCUAAAAGCUCCACUGUGCUCACUAACUUUGGGGCUAGGUAGGUAUUGCAAGGGUUAUAAGAUGAUAAAAUACUAAGAACUUUUGAUUUUAUUUGGACCAUUUGUGUUAUGAAGUACAACAUGUUUACUUAAAAUAUAAGUCCAAUUAAAACUGGAUUCAUGUGAUGUGUGUGGUUCACAGUAGCAACUGUGGACACUGAAGGAUGUGGUCUUUGAAAACGUAUCUGAUCUCUGCUGUGUCUGUGAUACUCCCCCAAUGCUACUCUUCUCAGAUUUCAGAGUUCUUAAAGGCUUUGGCUGAGAGGAAAUCCCCACCUUGUGACACCACACACAUCGACCCUCGAAACAUCAGCACCACCCUCUCCAUCCUAAAGAACAGUCAUGGGACCUUUAGAUCCAGAGCCGUCCUCCAUGAAAACAUAAGUCAGUUGUCCAAGCGUCAGUUUCAGAGGCGGGAUCACCUGAGUGAAAGCUUACCUGUCCCAAACACUGCAGUGGCCUCAUCUCAGGAGGGACAACUCCACCCUACCUUACCAUCCUCAAAUCCUGUCGUCCUUACACACCUGCUGGAAAAAUCUAAGACGCUGCCCUCUGCCUCAGCGCUCUUUGUUGUAGAACGUUUUAAAAAGCAAGAGAUACAUCCACACAUCCUGGAUGUGCAGGCUUGGACCAAACAGCUCUCCUGUGAACCACAGUGGAUGCCACCCAAAAUGCCUCCUCAAACUGGGCCAACCAACCAAUGGUUCUUUGAGAACUUGACAGACCUACAGAGGAAGCUGUUUUUAGGUGCCUCAAAGAAACAUGGAGUUCCGAGACACUAUCAAAUGCCUGUGAAAAGUGCUCGUCACAACUCAUCUGAGUCCACCUCUUUACCACUUCCACCUCUGUAAGAAAGUCAAAGGCAGAUAAGAUCAAAUUAAACUGAAA